CUCCCCUGCCCCCUCCCUGCAGGUGACCCUUGCCCGCCUGCCUGUCUACCCCCCUCACAGCUGGAACCUAGAAGGCUGUGUCCCCCUUCCUCUGGGCGUCCUUUCUGCCUCCUGCUAUCAGGUAAUACCAGCCUCGACCCCUUGGACCACUCACCCCAGUCAGGCUGCUCCCCGAUUCUGAGCCAGGUCAGACAUCGGAGGGGAGCCGAGAUACGCCUUCCCUCCUCCGACAGAGCUUCCCCUCGCUUGGUCACUGAUUCCCAGAGCUCCGGCUCUGACUCUCUGGGGUGGGGAAUUGCCAAAAACAAUGCCUUUCCUAUGCACGUGGGUUGCCACUUAAUCUGCUUCUUCACCCUCCUCUCCAGUUGGGGAACAGCUGGGUCCAACUUUCCCCGGGAACGUGGGGACGGGGUGGCGAUGAAUGAAGCCCAGUGCCAGAUGUAAGGGGGGGGGGGGAGUAUAUGCAGGGGAAGGCUAAAAUAGCACCAACUGGGUUAGAGGGUAGAGUACUUAGAAGAAAAGACCAGGCCUAGAUUCUCCUUAGCCAUGUGGCUUUUCCAGGGGCAGAGGGUGGCCCCGCCCUACUGGGGGCCCUAACAGAGACUGACCUUUGACCCCAUCCAAGAGACCAGUGAACCAUUAACUCCUCUACCAUGUGAGCCUUCCCACACUUGCCCCACCCCUGGCCCCGCCCCGAGGCAGGUGGGCUAAGGGGGGGGCUUGUCCAUCCCAGCCUUCCAUCUGACGUGGCCUCCAUUCCACCUGGGAGCCUGGAGGCUGAGCCCUGCUGGCUCCCCUCCCCGACUCAGGAGCCUCUUAGUGUCCGCAAGGCCUGACGGGCCGAAGGUGCCGAGGUUCUUCUGCCAGUGGAGGUGAGGUUCUGGGCAUUGGCGGGGGAGACAGAGGAGGGGGAGGGUUUAGGGGACGGAAUAGGCCGUCAGCUCUGGGUCAGGUGAGGGGAGCACUUUGAGUCAAAGAAGGUGUUCUAGGAACUGGCAAAGGAGAGGAGAGACUGCAACAGCUGGAGGCCAUGGGAGGGAGAAGGGAGGCUGGGGGGGGGGCUGCUGCUGAAUUUAAUGUGGGGGCUGAACGAGGAGGGAGGGGUCCCCUCUGGCCCUGAGCUGAGCAGCAGGGCAGCAGCACUGACCCUUCCUCCUUGCUCUUCCAGGGCACAGUCCCCAGGAUGUUCCGGGGGGAGUAGAAGCGAGAACCAGAGCCUCUUACCAGUUCCUCCCCACAAUGGGGCUCCCGACCAGUCCCCUGCUGGCUGGGCUGUGUGUGUGUGCGGCCUUGAGCUGGGGAGGGGGUUCAGCCCCCGACCUGGGCCCUGCUGAGCUGGAGCAGAACCAUUACCUGGCCCAGCUGUUUGACCUGUACGGGGAGAAUGGCACGCUGACUGCAGGGGGCCUGGCCAGGCUUCUCCACAGCCUGGGGCUAGGCCAAGUUCAGGGGCUGCGCCUGGGACAGCAUGGGCCUCCAGCUGGUCGGCCUGCACCCCCAGCAAGAGACAACGCCACACACAGGCCUCAGGACCCCAAAUUGAAUGUGGAUGUCUGGUCAGAGCUGCCUCUGGGUCCCUCAGGGUGGGGUGACCUUGAGGAGCCAAAGGCCCCCCACCCACCCCAUGGGCCAGCCCCCUCGGGCCUGGACCUGUUUCACAGGCUUCUGUUGCUGGACCAUUCGCUGGCUGACCAUCGGAAUGAGGAUUGUCUGAAUGGCUCCCAGCUGCUGGUCAACUUUGGCCUGAGCCCCGCUGCUCCUCUGACCCCUCGGCAGUUCGCUCUGCUAUGCCCAGCCCUGCUUUAUCAGAUCGACAGCCGUGUCUGCAUCCAGGCCCCAGUUCCAACCCCACCAGGGGAUCUACUGUCUGCCCUGGUUCACAGCGCCCUGGCAGUCCUGCUGCUCAGCCUCCCCACACCCCUCUCACUGCUGCUGCUUCGCCUCCUGGGAUCUCGUCUAUUGCGGCCCCUGCUGGGCUUCCUGGGGGCCCUGGCCGUGGGCACCCUUUGUGGGGAUGCGCUGCUGCACCUGCUGCCACAUGCACAAGGAGGGCAUCACUCCGGACCUAGUGGGCGACCAGAGGAAGACCUGGGUCCAGGGCUGUCGGUACUUGGCGGUCUCUUUCUGCUCUUCUUGCUGGAGAACAUGCUAGGGAUUUUGCGGCGCCGAGGGCUCAGGCCAAGAUGCUGCAGGCGAAAAAGGGAGGAUCUCAGAACACCAGACCUGGACCCAGAGGACAGCAGUGGGAUGGCACUUCAGCCCCUACCGGCAGCUCCAGAGCUAGGGGCUCAGGGCUGCAGGGAGCCGGACAGCCACCCGCCGCCAGCCCCAGCCCCUCCCGGGCACCAAGGCCACAGUCAUGGGCUCCGGGGUAGCAGUGACACCAGUAUAACAUGGAUGGUCCUCCUGGGAGAUGGUCUGCACAACCUCACGGAUGGGCUGGCCAUCGGUGCUGCCUUCUCUGACGGCUUCUCCAGCGGUCUCAGCACCACCCUAGCAGUGUUCUGCCAUGAGCUGCCUCACGAACUGGGUGACUUUGCAAUGCUGCUCCGGGCAGGGCUGCCCUUUCGGCGGUUGCUGCUGCUGAGCCUAGUGUCUGGCGCUCUGGGACUAGGGGGUGCUGCCCUGGGGGUGGGGCUCAGUUUGGGCCCCGUCCCCCUCACUCCCUUGGUGUUUGGGGUGACGGCUGGGGUCUUCCUCUAUGUCGCCCUGGUGGACAUGCUGCCAUCCCUGCUGCGUCCUCCCGAGCCUCUCCCGCCCCUGGAAGUGUUCCUGCAGGGGCUGGGGCUGCUGCUGGGGGGCAGCCUCAUGCUCACCAUAGCCCUGCUGGAGGAGCAGCUGCAGCCCCUGGUCUCUGAUGGCUGACGGGCCAGUGGAAAGGCAUCCAGCUGCCCUUCCUUCCCCCCAACCACAGGAAUGGAGGCGGGACA